CCCAGUGCUUCCAGAGGGUGCCAGGUGGGGAAAGGUUAGCCAACGGAUGUCUGUUUCCAAUUGCUUUUCCAGGUAACCGAAGAGUGAGGACCUCUUAAGCAAGAAGAAUCCAGAAUUUCCCACACACAAUGGAGAACAUCCAUGAACUACAACAUCCGCUGCUGGGAAACCCCACUAGCAAAACUCUCCUCCCUGGGGGGAUGCUCAACUGGGCAAGCUCCCACGACCGUUCUGGACUGCUGUCCCACCACGUGCCGUCCAAUCUCUCCUGGCUCUCCCCCAGCACUGGUCUUCUAGCCAACCAGCUCCUGAAUCCCCACAGCCUGUCCAGGACCACCGUCCUCUCCUCCAACCUUCCCGAAUCGAAGCUCUACCCGGAGCUGUGGAAAUGCAGCAACCCCCAAAACUGGAAGAAGAAAGAUUAUAUCGAAACUGCCUUCGGGGAGGGCAAAGGGGCAGGCGAACUGCCACGCAAGAUCGCCCUCGAGACGGAUAUUCACACCGUCUGCUACGAGGUGGGGGACAUGGAGCUGCCCGAGGUGGAGAACGACUCCUCGAGUGACAGUGACACCGAGAGCGAGAGCAGCUUCUCCAUGUUGCAGCCUCAGGAUUAUCUGGGCCUGGCGGUUUUCUCCAUGCUGUGCUGCUUCUGGCCACUAGGCAUCGCUGCCUUUUACCUGUCGCAGAAGACCAACAAAGCUUCAGCCAUGGGCGACUAUCCCCGAGCGUGGACGGCUUCCCGUCAAACAUUUGCCCUGGCGGUGUUGGCCAUCAUCCUUGGCAUUUGCACCUACAUCGGCGCCGUGGUGGCCCUCAUCGCCUAUCUCUCUAACAAGGCCCCCACCUAAGACUUUCUCCUGCCUCCCCCCCUCCCCAACCAGCCACUCGUCACCCCGUUCCUUGCCUCCCCAUGGAGUAGGAAAGAGAGGGGGGUGACCGAAUGCAGACAUUAUGACAUGAAGACCUACUCCCCUACCCUGGUCUUGUGAAGAAGGACAUCAACCCAACGGGGAUUGUGUCCAGAUGGACAAUUUCUGGGGACCUAAGAGGUCACGGUGGUGGGUUCGCUUGCGAGAAAACCGGAAAACGGACCGAGAAGCCGAGCAGGAACUUGGGAAAGACUCACCAUCAGCUGCGGUUCAACCUCCUGGGGCAUCUCAAGUUGAG